GAAACCAGCGCACUGAAUCAGAUACGAGAUAAAGCAAUUACACACCGAACAGACAAACAUGGUGAAGAUCACUUUACAGCCAGUGUCGGCGCAGAAGCCUGAAAAAGAGGUCGAUGGACACAAGAUCAUUAUACCUCAGGCUCACGAGCAGCUGGUUCUUCCUGUCAGGCCCAAGAAGCCUUUUCCAACUGGCCUCUGCUGCCUCACCUUUGGCCUGGUGGUCUUCAUGUCAGGACUGGUGCUGGCCUCUAUCUAUGUCUAUCGCUACUACUUUAUACCUCAGCAGAUCCCAGAAGACAGCUUGUUCCACUGUCGGGUAAUCUACGAGGACUCUGUGUAUGCUCCUCUGAGGGGUCGGCAAGAACUUGAGGAGAAUGUCGGCAUCUACCUUGAUGACAACUACGAGCAGAUCAGUGUACCUGUGCCACACUUUGGAGGCAGCGACCCUGCUGAUAUAAUCCAUGACUUUCAGAGGGGCCUUACAGCCUAUCAUGACAUUGCUUUGGACAAAUGCUACAUCACUGAGCUGAACACAACCUUGGUGAUGCCUCCAAGGAACCUGUGGGAGCUGCUCAUCAAUGUCAAGAGAGGGACGUACCUUCCUCAGACUUACAUCAUCCAGGAGGAGAUGAUGGUGACAGGGAGGGUGAGGAACAUGCGGCAGCUGGGUCCAUUCAUCCACAGGCUGUGCUACGGCAAAGAAACCUACCGCCUCAGACGUCGCAACCAGCACCGACGUAUCGAGAGGCGCGAGACGAAGAAAUGUCAUAGCAUUCGUCACUUUGAGAACACUUUUGUGGUUGAGACUGUCAUCUGCGACAGGGUCUAAAUCUGAAGCGGAAAUCACAGCCAUCAAACACUGAAGCCAAUUUCAAACCAUACCUCCUUGAAUUCUUUAGGCUUUUAACUGCACUUUAAGAGCAAGUAUUUGUCCAACAAUUUGAGUUACAGUUUUAAUGUCUGUUUGUUUCAAGUUGGAAAUGCUCUUUUAUUGUUAAUGUACAAUGUUAAUGUCUUUUUUAUUCAGACUGUCUGUAUAUUUGGACGAUGUUAUAAAUGUUUGGAUAUAUCUGUAGCUUGUCAAAUUGUGCAUCAGAUGUUAAUGUUAAUGUGUGUCAGUCUGUGACAUUUUCAUCAGAUGACUUUUAUUUUAUUUUUGUCCUUAUUGUUAUUUAGUAACCCAGUGUACUGUGGGUGGUGGUAAGGAUACUUGGGAGCUGCUUGCACUGUGCACUCAAGUUAAUAUUUUUGUCUUGUUGUUAUUUUAUUUUGUUUUGAAUGUCAGAAAAUGGCAAAACAUACCUCAUGUAGUUUAGACGUUUCUUUGCUGGUUUAUAUCAUUAAUGAAUGGUGUAUAUAACUUUGAUUGUUCCUAAGCAAUAUAUACUGUAAAUUGAUUUUGAACAUAUUGUUACAGGCAUAGAUUUUUAUCUGAAAUCGACUUGUUUUGUGAACAUUUCUUUAUGGUUUGUCUCUUUAUUUCCUCUGGUGUCACACUUUUCCCACUCCUUGGAUAUAAUGGCUUUAGACUGUAAUUAGUAGCAGUGCUUUAGAGGGACAGAAGGAACCAAAGUCUGCAGUCAGCAAUGCUAUGCUUAUUGUUAAGGGUAUAUGAAAUAUUUAAAAUGAAUGCUUUUUACUGUAGAUGAUAUCAAAGGCUAAAACUCAUUUUGUCUUGCUCUUCCUCCUCUACUUGGAUUUGGCUGUUGUCUUUAGCUCUUGCCAGUUCCCAGUCUUUCCUAUCUUGGCAUUAUAAUCUCUACAUUGUUGAUUUGUCCCAACUUUAAAAAGAUUUGGGGUGUCUUUCUAAUGUACAACCAGGAGCAAAAAGGUCUCUUUUGAGAGAGACAUGUGAUAUGUGCUCAUAUUUCAUCGUCUUGAAUACCUUAUUUUGCUGUACAGUCGAUUUUUCUUGUAAUAUUUCACUGCUUUAAGAAUAAAUGAUCAAAAAUG